GAAGCCCAAAGCACGCUCCCCAAUGGCGGCCACUAUUCGCACACACUUCUCACUCUCCGCUUUUGAUUGCCAUUAAACAGAGAGAGAGAGAGAUCUGAAAUAAAGGAUUCACUUGGCAUAUUUAGAAGUAGGGUUUUCGCAUUUUCUACAGAGGUGCUGAGGAAAAGAAGGGAAGAGCUGAAAAGAGGAUUUUCACUACUCACCAUGAACAUCUUCAAGAAGAAAACCUCUCCUAAAGAUGCUCUGAGGGUUAGCAAGAGAGAAAUGGCUGUUGCCACCAGAGGAAUUGAACGCGAAAUUGCAUCUCUUCAAUUAGAGGAAAAGAAGUUAGUGGCAGAGAUCAAGCAAACAGCUAAAACAGGAAAUGAGGCUGCUACUAGAAUCUUAGCACGUCAACUAGUUCGGCUGCGGCAACAAAUAACAAACUUGCAGGGAAGCCGUGCCCAAAUUAGAGGUGUAGCUACUCACACACAGGCACUAUAUGCCAGCACUUCAAUUUCUACUGGAAUGAAAGGCGCAACUAAGGCUAUGGUGGCAAUGAAUAAGCAAAUGGCUCCUGCAAAACAAGCUAAAGUAAUAAAAGAAUUUCAGAAGCAGUCAGCACAAAUGGACAUGACGAUUGAGAUGAUGUCAGAGUCUAUUGAUGAAACUUUAGACAAAGAUGAGGCGGAAGAAGAAACAGAGGAGCUUACUAAUCAGGUGCUUGAUGAGAUUGGUGUGGACAUUGCAUCUCAGUUAUCUUCAGCUCCAAAGGGUCGGAUUGCAUCAAGGAAUACUUCUAAUGUUGUUAAAAGUGCUGAAUCUCCUGAUGUUGAGGAUCUUGAAAAAAGGUUGGCAUCCCUUCGACGCAUCUAAGCUAGAAAACUAUGAUGUUCUCAGACUCAGACAUGUUCUCAGACUCAGACCUGUUCCAUGUAAAUUUUCUUCUAAAAAUUGUAUUAGUAAGAUUGCUAUCGUUAUAUGUCUAUUUAUUUCUUAAAAACUGUAAUAGCGAUAUAUCACGGCCCUUGGAGUUGAAGUUUCAGUGGCAUUGUGUCCUUGAAAUAAUCUCUGCAGACUUCACCAAAUUACUUAAAUAGAGCUGAUUUAAUUUUC